UUGUUUUUUUGCAAAAUGGCGGCGGCCUGUAGUGAUCGUCUGCUAUAUUAUUUUUAGUCUCUUGUCAAGUCAUCCUUUCGGCGGAAAUUGGCCGCCACUGGUCACAAAUUCAGCCCGAUGGAACAAACGGGAGGUCAGCAUCCCUAGAAAGUUGCAAAGCAAGCAAAGCCAUGCUGCUCUCGGCGAGCGCAGCUGGCAACGGCACAGAGCCGCCGUUUGCCGAGGCGCCCGCGAACAUCACGAGCGAGGAAGCGCCCGUGCUUGAAGCAUCACCAGGCUGGGACUCAACGAGCCUUGCCUAUGUGUUCGUUCCACUUAGCCUCGUGAUCUGCUUAGGCCUUGCCACAGCUCUGGUGGUGUUCCUGGUUAGAAAAAGCAGGCUGGACAGAUUGCGGCACCACCUGAUGCCCUUUUACAGCUUCGACCCUCAAGACGAGGGCGAGGACUGGGAGGCUGAGCUUCUCGAGGAGGGCCUCACUCACAGGCCUAACCCUGCCAACAAGAACCCGGAGUUCCACGAGCCGCCAAAGCUGGCAUUCCGGUCGGUCCUGUAAAAAAAAAUGUUUGCUUUUUUUUAUUAUUAUUAUCCGAAGGUCCCAAACAAAACAGUUGUGUAGGAACCUGUAAAAGAAGGAAGAAACCAGCAAAGCUUGUACAUUAACGCCCCGUCGUCCGUGUGUGCCUAUCGCCAUUGUCGUCGUGCGUUCAUGAUCCAUUCCCACUACUACUAUUUAUAUUAAUAGCCAAGAUGUUACUGAGCUCUUGUUGUAAGCUUAGCUUUACAAUCUAGUCUCUCUUUUUUUGUUGACGCUGUAGAUCUCGACAACUCCAUUUUUGAUUGUUACUAGUUUGUUUUGCCGUCGAGUGAUGGUAGAGCAGUCGCAUCUCCAGUGUAACAAUCACCGAUACUGUAACGAAUUACCAGCUAUAUAUAGAUCUGAUACUUGCUUGCAACAAACGUGUGCUUAUAACAAAUGUCGAUACUAUGAUUUUUUGUGUUGGGCGACGCAUGCUACAAGGUUCGACCGUGUAGCCACCGUAGCCAACGCUCUUUGCGAACAAAAGAUCUGAUGCAAGCUCUGAAUACUCAUGCGUAGUGGAUUAAACAUCAUUGUGAACUCUUCUCAUUUAACAUAGUGCAUAGCAGGUUGUGAACAAAAGAUUUAAGAGUCUGGUGCUUGUGUAACGUGGGGGGG